AAGUUUAUGCAGCCUAUGGCCUAAGCGCGUGCUCGCUUGCUCUAGAGUCUAGUAGUCUAAGCCGACCCGACGCGGGAAGAUGUUAUGGCGCUGGCUGUGGAAUUUCAGCCGAGGAGUGAGAUCACCUGGAGGAGCUGUUGCCGGCCUUUUCCGCUCCCGUCUUCAGGAAGGGGAAUCGUUGCUUCUCGGCCAGGAGUCUACGCAGACGGAUAACAGAAGCUGGCAUGGCAAGCAUCAGCAGCACAAAACCUUUGGAGAUAGGAAUGUCUACUGCUAUACUCCAUUAGAAGCCUUUACUUGGAGUACAUUGGCUAUUCUUGCUUUGGAAUUAACCAAACAGGCCCACUGGCUGCAUUCUAUUCAACCAGAUGGAAGAAACACCAAAGUUUGUCAGUCAGAACCUCAGAUUGCUGAUUUGUCCCAACAUCAUCACUCAGCCACAGCUCUAUUUCCUUGCACCAGAGAAGAGGACCAACAAUUUUUGGAAGUGGACUCCGGCCAUGCACUGAAAAAUCUAUCUUCUACCAAUUGUUCGUGGCCAAAAAAUCAACUCUGUUUGGAAACAGGGAAUUUUGUCUCCCCACCUAGUACCAACUUUGAAUCAGAUUCCUCUCUAUUGGAUUUGAAGACCAGCUUAGAAGAGGAAGAAUUUGUGAAAGAAGCUGCUUCUCAAGUGCAGGAAACAUUUCAAGCCAGCAUUUCAGUGGCAUCCAACAUCCUUGGACUUGAAAACAUGCAAGCUGAACAGUACAAAAUGGCUUUUUCCUGUUUCAAGCUGGCUGCAGAUCAGAACUACAGCAAAGCCCAGUACAAUGUAGGAUUAUGCUAUGAACAUGGAAGAGGCACCACAAAGGACAUGACUAAGGCAAUCCUCUAUUAUCAGCGAGCAGCUCAUCAGGGACACCUCUUGGCCCAAUACCGCUAUGUUAAAUGGCUUUUCUGCUGCUGGUACAAAGCAGCUAUGCAGAACCAGAAUGAAUUACCACUGAAAGAAAGAACAUGUCUGUCCAGUCCAUGCCUUCAUAUCCUUGGUCAGCCACUGAGUGCUCACUCGGGACAGCCAACUGUUGGUUUUCUUCGCUCAUGGAGCAUUGGACAUCUGGAAGAUAUGGCAGAUAGUUCUGAACUGCAAUCCUAUUUGGGGCUAUCUGAUGAAUUCUCCAUCAAACUACAGCCUUUCCCUUGCUCUACAGGAAUAAUGGUUGAUUAACAAGGAUCGUGAAGAAAAUUUCUUUUCAGAAAAUUGAAAAAAUAUUGUUAUGGUCCUAACUUACUUUUUAUAAGAUUAGAACCAGCUGGACAUUUUGAAGUUAUAAUUUAAUUGUCUCAUAAAUGUAUAACGACUUACCUGGUACUGAGGAAAGUAGUUGUUAUCAUUGAAUAUUAUAACCAAAUCCUGCUUUGAUGGACUAUUUCAUCUUACAAGUGUCUGUUGUAACUAGCCUCAGGAAAUUAUAAGUAUUAAUAUGCUAUAUGACAACUUUUCUACAAACUUGCAAAAUUGUCACCAAGCUAAUUGCCUUCAUUAAAUGUUUUGGAGAAAAUUUGUA